GCGACAGAGUCAUCUGGAGCUGCACAGACAGUUUUGGGGUAACGUGACUAUUUUUCACCCCCGAAAAUGGUCAAAUCGGGGAAACUUCGCUCCGGGACAGCCUCGAAACUCACACGGUGGAAGAAAGGACACAGCAGCGACUCUAACCCGCAGACGAGUCGCUUCCGGCAGGCUGCUAAAAGCCGCUUCUUCAGCCGACCCUCCGGAAAGAGCGAUCUAACAGUCGAUGCUCUUAAGCUACACAAUGAUCUGCAGGCAGGUCCGCUGGAGAUUGGGCGUAAAGAUGCCUGCAUGGAAGAGGAGCCAGAUUUGGCGUUUUCAGAAAGGACCUCGGGUACUUUCCUCAGCGGCCUGUCAGACUGCUCCAACCUGACCUUCAGAAAGGUGCAGCGCUACUGGGAGUCCAAUUCAGCCGCUCACAAAGAGAUCUGUGCAGUGUUGGCAGCUGUUACUGAGGUGAUCCGUGGCCAAGGAGGGAAAGAGACUGAAACUGAGUACUUUGCUGCUUUGAUGACCACCCUGGAGGUUGUGGAUUCAUCAGAGUCUCAAGCUGCAGUGGCGUACCUCCUUAAUCUCGUCAUGAAACGGGUUCCUGCUCCAGUGCUCAUGUCUAAGUUCUCGGACACCACUAAGGCUCUGAUGGACAUCAUGUCUAAUCAGGCCACGUCUGAGACCGCCUCUGCUCUUAGAUGGAUCCUGUCAUGCCUGGCCACUUUGUUGAGGAAGCAGGAUGCAUCUGUCUGGACCUACCCGUCUACUCUUCAGGCUUACCACGGACUUCUCAGCUUCACAGUGCACAGCAAGCCAAAGGUCCGUAAAUCAGCACAGCAAGGUGUCUGCUCCAUCCUCAGAGGCAGUGACUUCCUGUUUACAGAUAAUGCCCCGACCCAUCACCCUGCUGCAGUGACCACAGCCAAGUUCUGCAUAAAAGAAAUGGAACAGGCAGGAGGCAGCAAAGAGGACACCACCACACUUCACGUGCUGGGUCUUCUGAAGGAGCUGAUGGGGACGUUUCCUCUGGGAGCCGUCAAGUCCUGCUGUGAGACUCUGCUGCGAGUGAUGACACUGAGCCAUGUGCUGGUGACGGCGAGCGCCAUGCAGGCCUUUCACAGGCUGUUCAGCGGGAAGCCAAAAGCUUCAUCACUGUCACCAGAACUUAACGCACAGAUCAUCACGGCUCUGUAUGACUACCUGCCCAGUGAGAACGACCUGCAGCCUCUGCUGGCUUGGCUCGCCGUCAUGGAGAAAGCACAUGUUCACUUGGCGAGUUUGCAGAGUUCCCUGAGUUUGGGUCACCUCCCUCGCCUCUUCUCUGCCGCCAUGUCCUGCCUGUUGUCGCCUCACACACAAGUGGUUUCUGCAGCCACCAAUACACUAAAGACUCUGUUGACCGAAUGUGUUGCACCUCACAUGGACGAAAUGGGCACGAUCACUGCCACAGCCUCGGCAGGGAACCCCUCCUAUGUCUGCAAAAUGUUUCGUAUCAUAGAAGAUGGUUUGUCCUACCGCUUCCAUGCCUCCUGGCCAUUUGUGCUGCAGGUCCUGGGUUGCUUCUAUCGAGUUGCAGGGAAACAAGCUCACCCCAUUAUGACCAAGUCCCUGCAGUCUCUGGCAGACCUGCGCUCCACUCCUCAGUUCCCCUUCAGUGGUGAGUUGGACCUGGCUGUAGGAGGAGCCGUAGAGAGUAUGGGACCUGAAGUUGUGCUGGGUGCUGUGCCCCUCAACAUCACCGGCUACGAGGAUGACUUGGAGUUCCCACGCAGCUGGCUGGUCCCGGUCAUACGGGAUCACGUGAAGAACACUCACCUCGGCUUCUUCAACUCUUAUUUCCUCCCUCUGGCCUCGACGCUCAAGCAGAGAGCUGAAGAAUUAGAACAAGCUGGACAGAAACUUGAGGCCAAAGUCUACCAGACAUUACAGAUACAGAUUUGGACCAUGCUCCCUGGCUUCUGCACAUGUCCCGUGGACCUGCUGGCAUCUUUCAAAGGCAUUGCCCGCACACUCGGUAUGGCUGUUAAUGAGCGGCCAGACCUGAGGCUCAUAGUGUGCCAGGCUCUACGCACGAUCGUCAACAAGAGCUGCUCCACUGAGGAAGAAAAGGCUGAAGUGGGCCGCUUCUCUAAGAACUUCCUGCCUAUCCUUUUCAAUGUGUACGGCCAGCAGCCUGCAGCGGGGGAGUCUGGCACCUACAGGAUGGCCGUACUCGACACCAUCAAGGUCUACCUAACAGUCUCCGAAACACAGCUGAUCUGCACGUUCCUGCAAAAAGCCACAGACAAGUUGAGCUGCAGCGACACCACUGAGUUCACACGGCUGUCAAUGAUGGACCUUGUGGUUGCCAUGGCUCCGUCCGUAGACGAGGUCACCAUGACUAAAACCUUUGAGUUGAUUAGGCCAUAUUUGGAGACCAAGGAGCCAGGCAUGCAGAAGAAAGCGUACCGUGUGCUGGAGGAGAUGUGCGGAGGGGAGAGCGAUGGCUGCAAAUUGUUUGUCGUGGCUAAUCUGGAAACGCUCAAAGUCGUCCUCCUGGAGACUCUGAAAAAUGCCUCUUCGCCAGCUAAGAGGCCGAGGCUGAAGUGUCUGAUCCACAUCGUGAAGAGGCUCGGUGAAGAACACAAAGACUUCAUCACCACACUGCUGCCAGAGGUGAUUAUAUGCACCAAGGAGGUGUCUGUUGGAGCUCGUAAGAACGCCUACAGUCUGCUGGUGGAGAUAGGAAACGCAUUUGUCCGCUUCUGUGGAAACAGAAAAGAUGCCAUGGAGCAGUAUUUGGCAUCAGUGUAUGCAGGACUCACAGGCUCCGUCACCAUGAUCACCUGCACAGUGCUGGCACUAACCCGACUGGUGUUUGAGUACAAAGAUGCUAUAGAGGUGACCACCAUGGAGCAGCUGCUGCAAAACAUCUGUCUGCUGCUGUCGUCUCGCACCAGAGAGAUUGUCAAAGCUGCCUUAGGCUUCAUUAAGGUCAUCCUCUUCAUCAUGGACCCCAAGACGCUGGCAUCACACGUCACUGUCAUGAUGGAGGGAAUUGGGAACAUCAAAGACGACGUGAGGAGGCACUUCAGAGCCAAACUGAAGAACAUCUUCACCAAGUUCAUCAGAAAGUUUGGUUUUGAGCUGGUGAAGAGCAUGCUGCCCGCAGAACACCACAAGGUGCUCGCAAACAUCCGCAAGGCGGAGGCUCGCAGCAAGAGGAGGAAACAGGCCUCAGAAGAGCAGGAUGACUCCGAGAGUGAAGAGGAGGAACCUAAAACAAAGAGUCAAAGUAUUGAAGACAUCCUUGCAGAGUCUGACAGCGAUAUGUCAGAGGAUGAAGGAAAGGCUCGUAAUGCUCCGAAGAAAGCAGGCAAAAUGCAGAAAGCACGGGCCUGGCUCAAAGAAGGAGAGGAAGACGACCCACUUAACUUCCUGGAUCCCAAAGUUUCCCAGAGAGUGUUAGCCACCAACCCAGCACUAAAAAAGAGUGCCAAGGUCGACCAUGGCUUCAAGGUGACAUCAGACGGACGGCUGAUCAUCAGAGAGGAUGACGAGGAAGCUGCCAAAGACAAAGAUGAUGGAGAGAUGAAAGAUAUUCUAGAAGAGGCUGGAGUCAAGAGUAAAAAGACACAGAAAAGGAAGUUCCGAGAUGAUAACUUCGACGACGACAUGGACAUUGAACCCCAGCUGAAAUAUAAAGCUGGGGGGUCAGGUAUCCACAGACCGCUAGGAGGAAGGGAAGACGCUGGAGCAGAUUACAAAUCAAAGAAAGGAAAAGGAGAUGUGAAGAAGAAAGGAAAGCUCGAUCCUUACGCUUACAUCCCUCUGAAGAAGGCCCAGCUCAAUCGCAGGAAGCGAGCCAAACUGCAGGGCCAGUUCAAGGGCAUGGUGAGAGGAGCCCAGAAGGGGGCGCUGUCUGGAAAGAAAAUGCAGAAGAAAAAGAGGAAAGCCUGAAGAACAUUAUCACUCAAUGGACUUUAAAUGCGUUAUGUGUGUGAGGGUGUGUUCAUUAACAUAUGAAAAUGUAGACACACACCAUGGAUGUGUGCCUCUCUGAAAGACUCAUGGAAGGUGAAACCAGUUUGUUUUGAAACUGUUUCAUCUUUUAAAGCUCUCGAAAUACUCUGAUCGGCAUCAUACAGCUUUGAGGGCCUUUGGCUGUCAAGAAAUGUGUAAUCUGUUGUUUAUGCAUCAGAUAAAUUUUUUGGUAAACCCUUCUGGUAAACAAAUGUAUUUAUGUGUGAGCAUU